UUUAUAUAAAGACCGGGUGACCCAAUGAAUAUUUUGCUCCAAUAGAAACACAAAGAAAAACAAUGCAUUGUCUGCUCGGAAAACAAGUGACAUUAUUAAUUUUUUUCUUGCUACAUUUAUGUUGCCACAAAAUUUCGAAGGCAGCUAUAGAACUUCCUCCCAACAGCACAAUUCCGGCAGUGAUCGUGUUCGGGGACUCUGUUGUGGACACCGGCAACAACAACUACUUAAAAACCAUCGUCAAAGUCAAUUACCCUCCAUAUGGCAAGGAUUUCGUCGGAGGAAAGCCGACCGGCAGAUUUUCCGAUGGGAAAGUGCCGUCCGACCUAAUCGUUGAGGAGCUCGGAAUUAAAGACCUCUUGCCGGCGUAUUUUGAUCCGGCGUUGAGAGAUGAAGAUUUGUUGACCGGCGUUACCUUCGCCUCCGGCGGUUCAGGCUAUGACCCUCUCACUUCCAAUUUAUUGUCAGUAUUGUCAUUAUCAGACCAGCUAGAGAUGUUCAAAGAUUACAUAACAAAGUUGGAAAAAUUGGUGGGACCCAAAAGGACGUCUAACAUACUGAGCCAAAGUCUAAUUUCGGUGGCUACCGGCAGCAAUGACGUCACCAACACGUAUUUCAGCACCCCUUUGAGAAAAUCGCAAUACGACAUCUCUUCUUAUGUCGAUCUACUUGUUGGCUACGCUUCCGAUUUCGUGCAGGAGUUGUACAAGUUGGGGGCACGCCGUAUAGCCGUCUUCGGGUUACCACCGCUUGGGUGUUUGCCAUCACAGCGGACGCUAAAAGGAGGAGUCGAGAGGAAAUGCAUCGAUUUAUAUAAUCAAAUAUCAGAAAUGUUCAAUAAUAAGCUUUCGGCCGAGAUGGACUCCAUCAACGGCCGGUACCCGGCGGCAAGAAUCUCAUACAUUGAUAUUUAUAAGCUACCCCUUGAUGUCAUUCAUAACCCGCAAGAAUAUGGGUUUGAGAUUUCAGAUAAAGGGUGUUGUGGAACAGGGAAUAUAGAAGUAGCAUUUCUGUGCAAAUAUACGUGUCCAAAUGCGAAUGAAUACGUCUUUUGGGACAGUUUUCAUCUCACAGAAAAAGCGUACAGAGUUCUCGUACAUCAAAUUCUCGAACACUCAAUCAAGACUUUCAUCACAUGAAAUAUAUAUAUACACGCACACACAUAUAUAUAUAUUGAUUCAUUGUCAAAUUAAACAAUGUAUAAGGUAUAGAAAUACCAUGAAAUUGAUUAUCAAAUAUGAAAUAUUCUUCCUUUGUAUGGCUAACUUUCAAUAUUUAUGAUGUUUGGAGCAUUUCUUUUAAUUCAAAGUUUAGUUUAG